AUGCAUGUCCAAUUCCCAACAAAGCCCACUCUCCCCAGGGCUUGCUGAGAUGGAAGGAUAAUGACAAGCCCCCCUGAAAUUUCUCUAUGGAAGCAGCAGAAAGGUGAGGUGGCAAGAAGCUGGCAGCAACCUCCAGAGGGUCCUGGCACCAUGGAUGAUGACGAACCUCUUGAGUCUGAGACGCAAGAUGAGUCGGAAGCCGAGUUGGCACCACAGAGCAGUGAUGAAGCCCUCUACUGUGAGGCCGACGCACCCCCGGCCGUUGAGAAAGAGAAAGCAAUCCAGGAGGACUCAGAAACAGACCUGGAGAUUGAAGAUUCUGAGAAAUUUUUCACCACGGGACAAAAGGAGUUGUACCUGGAGGCCUGCAAAGUGGUGGGUGUGGUGCCUGCCUCCUACUUCAUCCGGAACAUGGAGGAGCCCUACAUGAACCUCAACCACCAUGGGCUGGGGCCCAAUGGCAUCAAGGCCAUAGCUAUUGCCUUGGUGUCCAACACGAGCGUGGUGACACUGGAGGUGGCAGACAACAGCAUCACAGAGAAGGGCCUCCUGAGCCUUGUGGAGAUGCUGCAUGAGAACUACUACAUCCAGGAGAUGAAUGUUUCUGAAAAUGAUCUUGGUUUUGAGGGAGCCAGAAUCAUCUCAACAUUCCUCCAGAGAAAUACCUCUUCCCUCACGAUCCUGCAGCUUUCAGGAAAUAACUUCAAAGAAGAAUCUGCAGAGCAGCUGUGCCAGGCACUGUCGAUCAAUCACCAAAUUAAGUCGCUGGAUCUCAGUCACAACCAGCUCUCUGAUAAGGGAGGUGAAUACCUGGGACAGAUGCUGGCCCUCAACAUAGGGCUCCAGUCACUGGAUCUGAGCUGGAAUCACUUCCACACACUGGGAGCUGUGGCCCUGUGCAACGGGCUCCGGGCUAACGUGACCCUGCGGAAACUGGCCGUCUCCAUGAAUGGCUUUGGGAACGAGGGGGCUGCGGCCCUCGGGGAUGUCCUCCGACUCAACAACAGCUUGAGCUACCUCGACAUCAGCAGCAACAACAUCAGCAACGAAGGCAUCUCCAGAAUCAGCAAAGGACUCGAGUCCAACGAGUGCCUCAGAGUCCUGAAGCUUUUUCUGAACCCUAUGAAUAUAGAAGGGGCUGUCUCGCUUGUCCUGGCCAUCAAGAGGAACCCCAAAUCCAAGAUGGAAGACCUGGAUAUUUCUAAUGUGAUGGUGACUGAGCAGUUCACCAAAACCCUGGACGCGGUGUACACCAUCCACCCCCAGCUGGACGUGGUCUACAAGGCAGUGCAGGGGGCCCUGAUCAAGAAGACCUACCUCCUGUGGACAAACCCCAUGAGGCUGGUCCUGAACUAUGUAGAUCAGCAUCAAAUGACCGCUGUGGACUUCUUCAGGAGCCUAAGCCCGACGGGGUCCAUGAAGAUGACCGUGGGCGAGUUCCGGAAAGCUAUGGUCCAGCAGAACAAAGUCCCCAUGAACCUGUUCCAAAUCAGGGACCUGAUAAAGAAGCUGCAAGACAAGACAGGCAUGGUGGACUUCAGGACCCUGGAGAUGGUAACCUACCGGCCUCCCCCCAAGCUAGACCUGCUGGCCGGGGCUGCAGGGCAGGGCUGGGUCUUCGGUGGGGUCUCCCAUUGCCCCUUGGGCCCGAGUCUUGCUGGUGCCCUCACCAUCCGAGAAGGUCCCUUCUGGCCCUGCCCAGCCUUCUGCUACGGCCACUAUGCUGUUCUUGAUGUGACGACAGAGCAACAAGCUUGGUCUGGAAAGAAGUCUCCGCGACCGCGAAGUCGUGCCAAGUCAGAUGGUGGCGGCGAGUGGGCCAAGUGUCCGCUGGGGCCUCGGUGGACCAACAUCGCUGCCGCAGCAGCUGUGAGCAGCGAAUAA